AUGGAGAAGUCAGAAAAGCCUUCAGAAGAGACAACCAAUCUGCCAUCUCCUUCAUUGAAUAAUUCCAAUGAGACUACAUCUUCUACAGAUGUCACUGAUGACAUAUCACAUCUACGGGAUUUCCUGUCAACCAGAAAUCCCAUGAGCUCAACUGUAAAAGAGCACAAGAACUUCCGGAAGUAUACAUACACGCCUGAUAGAGGUCGCUUUGAGCACUCAGAAACGAAUGAUGAUGCGGCUGACUCUCAUCAGCUGGUUCGUCGCUUCUCCGUCUGUCCAGGACGCUUUGAUCUUCCAACUCCACAACGCAAGUUUUCAUUCGCCCGAAAGCAUUCAACAUCUGUUGACCCGUUGGCAACUACAUCCUUUACGCAAGCCUGGCUUUCAACAUCAAACUUCGACUUGAACAAACCACCCGACGAGCUCCAAGAUCGCAUAGAAGAAGAACAACUUGACGAACAAGGAAUGAACUCAGAUGAUGUUCAGAUUAACAUGAAUCUAGAUGCUUUGACAUCUAACCCUAUAAAUCAGGUUUUGCCAUCCCUCUUGAAUCCAUAUCAAGCUUCUCUGGUUCCAAAUCGGCCUACUAUAGAAUCAGCUUCUUCUCUCAGCCCUAGAAAAGAUGGAGUCUUUCGUCAAGGUUCUCUCGUAUCAGUCGAGAGUUCAGGGAACGAAAAUGAAAAAGACGAUAUGCCAAGUGCGGAGGAUUUGUGGAUCCAUAAUAAACAAGCAAAAAAUUCAAUGUUAACAGCAUUGACAGCUUUUUAUUGUCUUUUUCUCACAAUAUUUGCUUUAGUUCUCGAACUAUCUCAUCUAUUAUCCGGAGAAACUGAACGGAAAGUUAAUUUAAAAGAUAUGAUUUUUGGAAUUUAUAUGUACGGAGCAUCAAUUUUAUUCUUUUUUUAUAUGUACGUUGUUCUGAUGUUGAAUCCAAGAUGGUAUUCUACUGUAUAUGCCGUGAAAAAUGCUUUCCGAUCAUCUGCAAACCGUCAAUCCGUUGAUUCAACUUCAUCAGCUGCGGCCACUGUCCGUAGAGUAACUCACAAUAGUCCAGCAGCCGGAAGUUUAUUUCUAAGAUUAGGAGCUAUAGUUUUUGGAGUAAUCGGAAUAGUAUACUACUCCUUCUUAGUUUUCUUAUGUUCUGCUGAUGCACAUUGUACCUCCUUGAACAUCGGUUUGGAUAUAUGCGCCAUAGUGUUCAUAUUCACUCAGAUGCACUUUAUAUUCUGUAACUGGAAAAUUUCCAUCACCGGAUCACAUUUUGCCGCAAGGGCUGGAACCAUGCAUCUCAUCGCCGCCAAUCUGUGGACUUGGAUUAGAUACGUGCUUAUGGAAGAAGGAGUAAUGGAGCAGGAGAUAAGAGAAGUGUUCAAAUCCAUUAAUAACCGAACGAACAAGUCGUUUUCCGAUUCUUCAGAGGAAGAUUUCGAACAUCGUGAUCUCAAUAUAGUACGAUGUCAUGCGGCUGAGUGUAUAUUAGGAAGCUUAUCAGAAGUUAUGUUCACGGCAAUAGUAGAAUACUCUUUGAUAGCAGCAGCAGUUAUGUAUAUUGUAUGGAGAAACAUUGGUCGUCACGAUUUUGGUGGGACAUAUGUGAAACGAAAACAUCAAAUUCGUGUUGAUUGUAGUAAAACUACAACAGGUCUUUUCUUGGGGUUAGCUUUCUUGGCGACAACGUUUACCUCCAUUAUUGUAUAUUAUGGUUAUUCGUUUUUGGGAAAAACAAAGCAUGCCGCUUAUGCUUAUGCCGUCACUGAUAUUUUGCAAUAUUUCUUCUCUUCCAUUGGAUGUGGUUUAGCAAUAUAUCAAAUGAGAGCUCUUACUUAUACUAAUCGGAAACAACACGCAAGUGCUCCAAGAGAACAAGAGUUAUUAGAUCAAAUACUGCUAACAGUUGGGUUAGUCGGGGAACUUAUUUUUUCUGUUGCCGGAUUAGUAGGACUCACUGGAGAUGGGGCUUGGCAACCAUUAACAUUCCUGUUAUUAUUUGUACAUAUUUUUAGAUUAAUACAGGUAGGAAUGCAAACAUUUUUACUCUAUUUGGCCAACCGUGUGCGUGUUGGCGUAUGGGAUCGGGAUAGUCAGCCAGGUAAGCAAGCAAUAACAUUCUUAUUGGCUGCAAACCUGGCUAUAUUCCUUAUGAACUUAUUUGAAAGUGAAAAAGCUGGUGUAUCAGAAGCUAUUAUUGAUUUUUACGGGAAAAAAAGUUGGGUAUUCUUAGUUCGAAGCUUUUCACCGCUUACUAUCUUCUAUCGUUUUCAUAGUAGCGUAUGUUUGGCUGAAAUAUGGAAAAAUGUAUAUGCAAAGAAAACAUUGUAA